CUUGCGGGGAAGGCUCCUAAGGAGCGCCUUGACAAGUGGUUUCUACUUGAGACAACCGGACGUUUGGACAGCUUACGAUGGCUGAAAAUCAGGGAAACGCCUCGAACCAAAUCAAUCAAGACAUGUAUAACCAAAUGCGGUAUUAUUGGAGAUCAUCAAGUCCAUCAGGAUCUAGUACACCGUUUACUUUUCAACGGAUGGACUUCAGAUCGAAUAACGACGUUGAAAAUGAUUUAUCUGAAAAAAGAAGACAAUUGAAACUCAGUUUCCAGACGCAAGGAAGCAGCAAGUCAUUCUCUAAUUCUACUAGUUCCACCCUUUCAAACUCUGCUGCCCCAUCAAUAUGCCCAUCCAUAGCACCACGCCCAAUCUUACCAUUAGCUCUACCCAAGGUACCUGCAAGGCCCAGACCUGUGGCACAGCCAGUAUAUGUUCCUGACAAAGCCAGGGAAAAAUUAAGAAUGUGUCAGUCGAUGCAGAGUACGGGAAAACUACAAUUGUCUCCUGGUACUGUAUACGACUUUACCAGUGAAGACCUUCAGGAUUUGGGGGAAAUAGGAAGAGGGGGUUUUGGUACUGUAAAUAAGAUGAUACAUAGGAUAAGCAAUACCGUCAUGGCUGUGAAGAGAAUUCGUUCGACGGUCGAUGAAAAAGAACAAAAGCAGUUAUUAAUGGAUCUAGAAGUUGUCAUGAAAUCCAAUGCCUGCCCUUGUAUUGUGCAGUUUUACGGGGCGUUAUUUAAAGAGGGUGACUGUUGGAUUUGCAUGGAGCUAAUGGACACCUCCCUCGAUAAAUUCUACAAGUUCAUCUACGAGAGGUUAAAUGACAGGAUACCUGAGAAUAUCCUAGGAAAAAUCACAGUAGCGACUGUCAAGGCACUGAAUUACCUCAAGGAGAAGUUAAGGAUUAUUCAUCGAGACGUGAAGCCUAGCAAUAUUUUGCUAGACCGACGUGGCAAUAUUAAACUUUGCGAUUUUGGCAUUUCUGGACAAUUAGUAGAUUCCAUCGCUCGAACCAGGGAUGCUGGUUGCAGACCAUAUAUGGCGCCUGAAAGAAUAGAUCCACAAAGAGCGCGGGGCUACGAUGUUAGGAGCGAUGUGUGGUCCUUAGGAAUUACACUGAUGGAAGUCGCGACAGGAUAUUUUCCUUAUCCAAAGUGGAAUUCCGUUUUCGAGCAACUGUACCAAGUUGUUCAAGGUGACCCACCAAGGCUAACACCGAACGAGAAUGGAAACCAUUUCACUAUGGACUUUGUUAACUUCGUAAACACGUGUUUGCUUAAGGAGGAAACUCAACGUCCGAAGUACAAUAAACUUCUGGAGCAUCCAUUUAUAAGAAAAUCUGAGGAAGCAUCAAUAGAUGUCGCUGCUUACAUUGGUGGUGUUUUGGACAAUAUGGCUAAUAACGGUGUGACACCCUUCACCACUAAUCAGCCUUAAGUAAAUAAACGAAGAAGAAACCAUGAAAAACAAAGAAAAGAGAUUGAAGCACGUUGAAUAGACAUAUUUCCUCGUUGCUGGAACCUGCAUUUUCCACCCCCCAUCGCUGACGUUAUACGUAGGGGAGAACAACACUCCGUUCUAGAAUAAAUAGUCGACGCCGAGGUAUCCGUAGAAUAUCCGUAUCUUCGUUUUGUCAAACUCGUAUGUAUAGCGAGUGUGGGGGUUGUUAAUUACGAUAUAUAAUUAGACAGGAAGUGCACUAUUCACUUGUAGCAUAAUUUCCUACCAAAAUCACCACAGAACACACCAUUGUGUAUACCUCCUUUUUUCUUCACCUUCAGAAUAAACGUUAGAUAUCAUUUCCAGAACAAGUCCACGUAGUCCCUCCGCGAAAAUUUAAGUCGACUCGGAGAAUCCUGAAGACGGUGACCUACGAUUUCUGUCUCGGAAGUGACGUAUCAUCACUCGUGUUUUUUGUAAUGAGCAUACGACUUGAAGGUAUAAAACAGGUAUAAAACGCUAAAACAGUACAAAGUACCCAAUUCGAUGUUCGUUCUGGCGAUUUUAUUAUGUAGGUCAAGCUUAUACCAACGUUCUAUGAACAGAGUACUGUAAUUUAGGAGAUAAUAAAUUACUGAAUACGAUUCAUUGCGACUUAAAA